UCCUCUUUCUCCACACUCUGGACUCUCUUCACUUCCAUUGCAGACUCAGAAAACUCCGCUUUCAUGUUUGCAUUACACUCCGAAUAAAUGUCAAAACUUCUGCGGAACCUCUAUCACUUUCCGCUUUGAUACAGCUCGGAUAAGCAGCCAUGUUUUGCUCCUCAGCUGCCUCCCCAAACACCUGCAAUUCAUCACCUAUCUUCAUUCAACGCCGCCCCAAUAUUCACCUCCGCAGCUCAUUCAUACUCAGGUUUUCACUUCAAAAGCGGCACCAAAAUCUCAAAUUUCCGCGAAAUAUCGCGAGAAGAUCGCCACCGUGUUACUGCCCACGCGCAAUUUUCGGCCAGGCGAAGUAUUCUGAACAGUCCAAUAGUAGUGGGGGUAGGGGCAACGACGAUGACUUUGUGACAAGGGUUUUGAAGGAAAACCCCUCCCAAGUAGAAACCAGAUAUAAAGUUGGGGAUAAAUUACUUACUCUGAAGGAAAAAGAGGACUUGCAGAAAAAUAGUUUUGAUACUGGUGCCCUUGAGAUUCUAAGGAGGUUAAAUUUGAAGGCGUUUUCUAGGAAAAGUCAGGAAGAGGGUUAUCAGGGGAAGCCAGAGGAGGUGUAUUUGAAGGACAUUUUGAGGGAGCAUAAGGGGAAGUUGUACGUUCCAGAACAGAUUUUCAGGUCUAACUUAUCAGAAGAAGAGGAAUUUGAGAAGAAUGUGGAGGAGUUACCGAAAAUGGAGUUCGAGGAUUUUCAGAAGUACUUGAAGACUGAUAAGGUUAAGCUGUUAACAUUCAAGGAGGAUAAUGCUGCGAAUUAUGGAUUUGGGUUUAGGGACUUUGUGGUGGAGUUGAAGGAAAUGCCAGGCCAUAAGAGCUUGCAGAGAACUAAGUGGACAAUGAGGCUGGAUUUGAAUCAAGCACAAAGCCUCCUCAAUGAGUACACUGGGCCACGGUAUGAGGUUGAGAAGCAAAUGAUGACAUGGGUUGGAAAAUUGCCAGAGCAGCCUCAUCCAGUGGCAUCUAAAAUAUCAACUAGACUGAUGGUAGAACUUGGAAUGCUAACAGCUUUGAUGACAGCAGCUGCAGCAAUUGCUGGGAGCUACCUUGCUUCAGCAGUAUUUGCUGUGACGAGCUUUGCAUUUGCAGUGGCUGUAUAUGUUGUCUGGCCUGUUGCCAAACCAUUCCUGAAGUUCUUCUCUGGCCUUGUUUUUGAUGUCUUAGAGAGAGUGUGGGAUAAGAUUUAUGAUGCUUUCGCAUUUGGAGUUUUCGCCAAAUUCUAUCAGGUUUACACUUUUGGUGGAAUUUCUGCCAGUAUUGAAGUGCUGAAGCCAAUCCUGCUGGUAUUUUUGACAAUGGUUCUCCUUGUUCGUUUCACUCUUUCAAGAAGACCCAAGAACUUUAGAAAAUGGGACAUAUGGCAAGGAAUUGAAUUUUCUCAAUCUAAACCACAAGCUCGUGUGGAUGGUUUGACAGGAGUCACAUUUAAUGAUGUAGCCGGGAUUGAGCAAGCUGUGGAAGAACUUCAAGAGUUGGUAACAUACCUGAAGAAUCCUGAGCUAUUUGAUAAAAUGGGGAUAAAGCCCCCACAUGGAGUUCUUUUGGAGGGCCCCCCUGGAUGUGGUAAGACCCUAGUUGCCAAGGCCAUAGCAGGUGAAGCUGGUGUUCCCUUCUACCAAAUGGCCGGAUCUGAAUUUGUUGAAGUACUAGUUGGUGUUGGUGCAGCUCGCAUUAGAGAUUUAUUCAAGAGAGCCAAGGUGAAUAAACCAUCAGUCAUUUUCAUUGAUGAAAUUGAUGCUUUGGCUACAAAGCGCCAAGGGAUAUUCAAUGAUUCACUUGAUGAUCAAUAUAAUGCGGCUACACAAGAAAGAGAAACUACAUUGAACCAGCUCUUGACUGAGCUAGAUGGGUUUGACACAGGGAAAGGUGUUAUAUUUUUGGGGGCCACAAAUCGAAUGGAUUUGUUAGAUCCUGCGCUUCUUCGGCCUGGCAGGUUUGAUCGCAAGAUAAGAAUUCGACCUCCCAAUGCAAAAGGAAGAUUGGGUAUUUUGAAAGUUCAUGCGCGAAAAGUAAAAUUAUCAGACACAGUUGAUUUGACUAGUUAUGCCCAGAAUUUACCAGGGUGGAGUGGUGCAAAACUGGCACAACUCCUCCAGGAGGCAGCUCUUGUUGCAGUUAGGAAAGGCCAUAACUCUAUUCUUCGCUCAGAUAUGGAUGAUGCAGUUGAUAGACUGACGGUAGGACCGAAACGUGUUGGGAUAGACUUGGGACAUCAAGGCCAAUGUCGCCGAGCUACUACUGAAGUGGGAACUGCUUUAACUUCUCACCUGCUGAGACAUUAUGAAAAUGCAAAGGUUGAAUGUUGUGAUCGCAUAUCUAUUAACCCACGAGGCCAGACCCUCUCCCAAGUUGUCUUCCAUCGUCUUGAUGAUGAAUCGUAUAUGUUUGAGCGCCGACCACAAUUGUUGCACCGCCUUCAGGUGUUGCUUGGAGGAAGAGCUGCUGAAGAGGUGAUAUAUGGACGGGAUACUUCAAAAGCGUCAGUGAGUUACCUUGCUGAUGCAACAUGGCUUGCUCGUAAAAUGAUAACAGUAUGGAAUUUAGAAAACCCAAUGACCAUCCACGGUGAACCUCUACCAUGGAGAAAGAGUCCCAAAUUUGUGGGCCCACGUCUCGACUUUGAAGGAUCACUAUAUGAUGACUAUGACCUGAUUGAGCCUCCUCUCAAUUUUGAUCUUGAUGAUGAUGUUUCAAAGAGGACAGAAGCACUGAUACGCGAUACAUAUGCAAAGACUCUUGCUUUGCUAAGGCAGCACCAUGCUGCUUUGCUUAAAACCGUGAAGGUUCUUCUUAAGCAGAAGGAGAUCAGUGGAGAGGAAAUCGACUUUAUCCUGAGCAAUUACCCUCCACAUACACCGGCAAGUCUGCUACUGGAAGAGGGAGAUCCUGGGAGUCUUCCCUUAUUCCACCGAGAACAAGAAAAGGCCAACGAGAUCGAGUACAGUCUACUGAGUUCAUGAAAGCAUAAACACAUUUUGUUGCAAAAUGAGACUGAAAGGGAAAACGAAUGCCAAAAUAUGAAUCUGGUGUUCUUUACAUUGCAAAUUCUGCAAAUAGGGGAGAGGAGGCUUCAGAAGAUGGAUGCUUUUGACAAAAUGCAAACCUGCAAAUGAAGAUUUAGGUUCCAUCUAUGAUUAGCAUUUAGGCAGAAAGAGGGGAUGUAAUUGUGAUUAUCUACACAAGAAAUAACAAUACGAAAUUUUCAACCCACUAUUCUUUUUCCUCUCAUUAUAAUUUGAUGAGUGAACUUUUUGGGAUAUCAUGAAAAUAUUGGGUAAUCAAAUGCCCUCUAGGCUCUAGCUAGUCA